CAGAAACGGAAGUAAGAUUAAUAACAACAACCUGAGUUGCAACUUGGUCAAAACUUUACUGCCGAAAAACAUUUGUAUUUACGUUAUUAUAGUCGAUACGGAUGCGGUAUUACGGGGGACAAAUUGUCCUGCGUGUCGUGGGCGUGGUUUGUGCUUUUGUGCUGGAAGUCAACGGAUAGUUUAGCCAGUUGGAGCAGCUACGUUAGCUAACUUUGUGUAAGACUAGCGUGACUUGACUAUUGACAACCUCAGUAAGCAAACAGUAGUAUAAUAUGCAGAGGUAUUGCUCUGUGCUUAGUUUUAACGAGGCUCUGGCUGUAGGUGGUCUGUCUGUAAACUGUCGUUGACACGUGCUGGUAGUUUUUAUGCGGCGCUGACAGAGCCCCGGUUCGCCCGCAAUGCUCCUGCAGCUGCUCAUACCUCUCAACUAGCUGGCUCCUCUCCUCCUGUCUUCCGUCUCCCGAUGGCUCACUGCGGCUCCUCCGAGCCAAGUGCAAAGGCACCGGGUCCCGACAGCAACACGUCGUCACAGGGCGGCGUCGACCAGAGCAUGAAGCCGGUGCUGUUCGAGAUCUUCGGUGAGAUAUGGACCGUCCAGUCGCGGCUCGGCCAGGGAGUCUCGGCCUCGGUGUACCGGGUCAGCUCCACCGGCAGAGCCACCGCCACCGCCGCGGUCAAGGAGUUUCAGGCCGACACCCAGGGAGGAGAUUACGGGUAUCACAAGGAGAGGUCCGUCCUGGAGGACAUCCAGGGGCAUAAAAACAUCGUGACACUGUACGGGGUGUUCACCAACCACAGCUGUAUGGGUGUCGCCACCCGCUGUCUGCUGCUGGAGCUCCUGGAUGUCAGUGUGUCUGAUCUCUUGGUGAGAAGCAGCAGUGGUACCCAGGGUGCCAGACCCCAGCAGGGCCACUCCAUGUGGCUUGUCCAGCACUGUGCCAGAGACAUCCUGGAGGCUCUCGCCUUCCUCCACAGGGAGGGCUACGUCCACGCAGACCUCAAGCCACGCAACAUUCUCUGGAGCGCUGACGACGAGUGCUUCAAGCUCAUCGACUUCGGCCUCAGUUUCAAAGAGGGAAACCAGGACGUCAAGUACAUCCAGACAGACGGGUAUCGAGCUCCGGAGGCCGAGCUGCAAAACAGCCUCGCCCAGGCCGGGGUGGAUGGGGAAUCGGGCUGCACGGCCGCCGUGGACAUGUGGAGCCUGGGCAUCAUCCUGUUGGAGAUGUGCUCAGGAAUCAAACUCAAAGAGACCAUCCGCUCGCAGAAGUGGAAGGAUAACAGUGCCGGCCUUGUAGACCAUAUUUUUGCCAGCAACAGUGUGGUGUGCCCUGCCAUCCCUGUCUAUCACCUCAGAGACCUCAUCAAAACCAUGCUUCUCAAUGACCCAAAGCAAAGAUGCACCGCUGACACUGCCCUGCUGAGCCCAUUCUUCAGUAUUCCCUUUGCUCCUCACAUUGAGGACCUGGUUCUGCUGCCCACUCCUGUCCUGCGUCUGCUCAACCUGAUCGAUGACAGCCAUCUGCACAAUGAGGAAGAGUAUGAAGACAUCCUGGAGGACAUGAAAGAGGAGUGCCAGAAGUAUGGCUCAGUGGUUUCUCUGCUCAUCCCCAAGGAGAACCCUGGGAAAGGACAGGUGUUUGUGGAGUAUGCCAACUCCAGCGACUCCAAAGAGGCUCAGAGGCUGCUGACAGGCCGCACCUUUGACGGGAAGUUUGUUGUGGCCACCUUCUACCCUCUCAGCGCCUACAAAAGAGGUUACUUGUACCAGACUGUGCAGUGAAAGUCCCUAAAGCUCAAUUUACACCUCUGCACUUGUUUGCAGGAAAGAACACAACCGUAUAGCCCACCACAGGGUCCAUUUCCUCCCUUGGUGGCUAAGAGUUCUGCAUGUCAUUCAUGUGUUUUCAUACCGUGAAUCUGUUUUUCCUGCAGAGUGUAAAUUGAACUCCGCUGUCAUUUCUGCUGCCUCCAGUCCGCACUACUCUUUAACUGUGCCAGAGGUCUGUGGUCUGGGUACAGCGGUUCCUGCUCGAGCUUCCGUUUCACUCUCAUUCAUUCAUAGAAAUGACCACACUGAAAGAAUGAGGAAUGAAUGAAUGAAUCACAAUAAUAAGGACGAGUGAAAUCUGAUCUGGAUGGACGGCGCGAAAGCCGUUAUCAAAUGAAGCGUUACGUUUGGGAGUCUGUAGAGUGUUAGAGAGACACUUGAGUCAGGUAUGUGAUGAGAGACGUGUAGCACAAUGUUUGGGAGUUUCUUGUCGGUCAAACACAUCCUGUUAAAUUAAUGACAAUUAUCAUUUGUUUUGUUGAGCAUUUAAAUUGAGGUAACGGAGUGGUACAAGGGCAUACACAGUUGCCCUCUGCUGGCUCUUCAGGCAGUCAUCAGGGAGAAAUGGUUUGGAGUGACCCACCAGCUGGUAGUCUUCACCCACUCACCCACCCUCUGCCAGUAUCUGAGCAAGCCGAGGGCCCCUGGAGCCCUGUCCUGUAGCCUUGAAGCUUUCUUUUUAUAGGAGUACAUACUCGGAGGAUAUUUUUAUCAUCAGUUGAUUGUGCGCCCGUUUAUGACAACACACAGUGAGUUCUGUGUUUUGACUGCAACACUUAAAAGGGCACAGGAUCAAUUACAUGUUAUUGACUACAUGCGGAAAAUGAUCAGAGAUACUUCCUGCUUGAGUGGUAAGAAAACGACCGACAUAUUGAUACAAUCUGAAUUGUUAAGCACGAACAGAAUUUGCAGAAUCGUUAGAUGUUCUCUAACUCAUAAAGCUUUAGUACGCUUUAAUUUCACCUUGUGUGAUUGGCAUUAUCGUGUCCAGAGUUCUAUAGAGCGACGGUAGCCAGUGUACACGAAAGGAGGAGUUUUAAUAAGCCACUGUGUGUAACAUUUGUAGCGUCAUUCUAAUAUAGUCUGUAGAAAAUGGAGACACUCCUGGUGGAAAUUGGUGCAAUUUAUGUGUUGCUUUUGCCCAAGUUGGACAUUUUCAAAUCCUACACAUAGUGGCUGUAGCACUAUGCAACGUGAAGAGAUAUUGUGCGGUGGCUGUUGUACUGAGUAGACCGAUAAAGUGUAAUCUUCAAGUCAUAUCUUCCAUCUUUCAUUUAGUUUGCGCUCAAACCAGUGGAUUGAUGGGUGGACCGCAAGCCCUCUUGGGAAAUAGGUCUGUUACCCACAAUGCAGGGCACAGUAUCGUUUCAUACUUGUAGCUAGAUGCAUAACAAAGUAUGUGAGGGUUAUGAAUCAAUAAGUGUUGUAAAAU